AGUGCGGCCGCGGAGGCGCGAUCCCGGGAGAUUGAGCGGGCAGCGGGUGGGGCGGCUCGGAGCCGGCGGGGGCCGGGGUCCAGCCUAGCGCCGGGAGCGGGGAGCGCAGCGGGGCUCGGCGGCGGCGGAGAUCCACCCGCCCCGGCAGAUCUCCUCCUCGCACCUACCCGGGACCCCGGAGCGGAGCUCAAAGGCGCGGAGACGGACGGAAACCACAAAUAAAUAGCUGCGGCAGCAGCGCGUCAUCUGGCGGAGCAGGAAGUGCAGGCAGAGUCCGGAGGCUGGUGCUCUCGGCGUCCCCAGGACUUUGCCAUGGGCUGGGGGCCGCGCCGGCUGCGAGUGCCCGGCCGAGCGCAGCUGCGACUCCAUCCGCAGCGGGACUGAGAGAGCGACGACGCGCGGGGCGCCGGGAUGGCAGCGUCCAGCAACUCCAGCCUGUCCGGUUCCUCGGUGUCCUCCGAUGCUGAGGAAUACCAGCCUCCAAUAUGGAAAUCAUACUUGUAUCAAUUGCAACAAGAGGCACCUCGUCCUAAGAGGAUCAUUUGCCCACGGGAGGUGGAAAACAGACCAAAAUAUUAUGGAAGAGAGUUUCACGGGAUCAUCUCCAGGGAGCAGGCAGAUGAACUCCUCGGAGGCGUGGAAGGUGCAUACAUCCUUCGAGAAAGCCAGCGGCAACCAGGGUGCUACACACUAGCUCUAAGGUUUGGAAACCAGACUUUAAACUACCGACUCUUCCAUGAUGGGAAACACUUUGUGGGCGAGAAGAGGUUCGAAUCCAUUCAUGACCUGGUAACAGAUGGCUUGAUAACACUGUACAUAGAAACAAAGGCUGCUGAAUACAUUGCAAAAAUGACCACGAACCCCAUCUAUGAACACAUUGGAUAUGCCACUCUCCUCAGAGAAAAAGUGUCCAGAAGGCUGAGCAGGUCUAAAAAUGAAUCAAGAAAAGCAAAUGUCACCAGUGAGGAACACACACCGGUGGAAAAGAUCUCCUCGCUGGUUCGAAGGGCCGCCCUCACACACAAUGACAACCACUUCAACUAUGAGAAGACGCACAACUUCAAGGUGCACACGUUCCGAGGCCCACACUGGUGUGAAUACUGUGCCAACUUCAUGUGGGGACUCAUUGCCCAAGGAGUCCGGUGUUCAGACUGUGGGUUGAACGUACAUAAACAGUGUUCCAAGCAUGUCCCCAAUGACUGCCAGCCUGAUCUCAAGAGAAUCAAGAAAGUGUACUGUUGUGACCUCACCACUCUCGUAAAAGCUCACAAUACACAGAGACCCAUGGUGGUGGACAUAUGUAUUCGGGAAAUUGAAGCAAGAGGAUUAAAGUCAGAAGGGCUUUACAGAGUCUCUGGAUUCACAGAACACAUUGAAGAUGUCAAGAUGGCAUUUGACAGAGAUGGUGAAAAGGCAGAUAUCUCUGCCAAUAUCUAUCCAGAUAUAAACAUCAUCACUGGAGCCCUCAAACUGUACUUCAGAGAUCUACCCAUCCCCGUCAUCACAUAUGACACUUAUUCCAAAUUUAUAGAGGCGGCAAAAAUCUCCAAUGCAGACGAGAGGCUGGAAGCUGUCCAUGAGGUGCUCAUGCUGCUGCCUCCUGCCCACUAUGAGACCCUACGAUACCUGAUGAUCCAUCUCAAAAAGGUCACUAUGAAUGAAAAAGAUAAUUUCAUGAAUGCAGAAAAUCUGGGAAUUGUGUUCGGGCCAACCCUGAUGAGACCCCCUGAGGACAGCACCCUCACCACCCUUCAUGACAUGCGGUACCAAAAGCUGAUCGUGCAGAUUUUAAUAGAAAAUGAAGAUGUUUUGUUCUAAUCCAUCAGGGAUGCGAGCUGGUAGAGCUAAUAGAAUAAAAACAUUUCUUGCAUUUGAUUUGUUUUCAAACAAGUGACAGAGUUUCCUGAAUCGUGGUGAUUGUAGAGUUGGGGACUGUGUCUCCCUCCUCCACAUGAAAGCAAGGGUGGGGGUGGAUAACCCCUCUCACUUUGGGUCUUUUGCCGUGCCUCGUAUGUGUGUCUGUUUUGCUGGGAGAGUGAUUAAUAAAUCUUUCUUUAACUUAUUAAAAAAUGUAGACUUUUAAGCUUCAAUCUUAUCAGUAAUAAAAGGGAACUUAAUUCAUAAAGGUACUUGAUACAGUUAUACAUUUUCCAUUUACAAAAAGAAGACAAUUCUAUAUGUUAAAUGUUAAAUGAAACCUAUAUUGUAAAAUGUAUUUUAUUUUAGCUCCAAGAAUGUUAUUUUAUUUUAGCAAAUAGAACUCAAUGCAGUGCAUUGAUUAUUACUGUGUACCUUGUCCUCCGUUCUUGCUCUGAUGCCUGGAAAAUAUUGACCGCAAAUGCAGUAUUAUCUUGACAUACCUCUGUCUUGAUCAGUGAUUCUCAAUGACGUUUCAUCCAUCACCUGUGUCCCUGCUUUUCAUAGUUUUUGCUCCUCAGCACCAGUAUUCUGCUAUGACCUGGUGUAUGUUUAUAGUGACUAUAAGAUGCUCUAAAACAUCCACAAAUUUCUUUCCAUAAAAUGUUGUGAUGCCCCAAAGGAUGUUAUGACCUUUCCAUGUUGUGUGUGUCCUAGAACAUGCAGAAUGUGUCAUUUUUACGUAGAGUGAUUUGAAGACACUGGAUGCAUCUGGGCCACAUUAAUAAAAGCUAGCACUUUUCCUCCUUUUUAUUUUCAGUCGCCCCCUUCAGAUUUAUAUGUCAAUGGAAAGUUUGAAAUUUUUUUUUACCACAUUUCUGUACUGAUGAGGUGAACCUGCAGGAUCAUUUUUGACUCUUUUUUCUUUGCUUUUGUUUUAUAAACAUAUUUUUACUGUCACAAAUGAAAAAGAUUCUUUUAUACCAAAUAUUUGUUUCUCCUAGAUAAAAGUUGCUCUGUAUGGAAAAUAAUUUAAUAUGGUUUUAUUACCAGAGUCUCAUCCUAUUGGUUAUAUAUAUCUUAGUGUGAGCCUUUCACACCAAGAUUUCUAUAUUUUGUAACAUAAGUGAAAUAUUUGAAACAUCAAAAAGUGUAAAUCUUUUUAAUCCAGUUGCAAUGUUUUCUGCUUAUUGCUGGCGAUGGUCCAUGCACUGACUGGCAAGUCUUGAUUUGGAGUCUCAGAAGAGAACCACUGUGUUAAGUGGAGGGAGAAGAGAGCAGAGGGCUUCCUGGCACCUCCCCAGGCCCUGCAGAUGCAGUCUUGGCAUCCGGAACUGCUCCUUGUGAUCGGCAUUUCUCACAACUAUAUGGGUUUUUGUUGUAGCUUCUGUACUUCUUGAUACUGUCAAAAAUUAUCUGGAAAUGGUUUUAUUUUGUGAAGUGAAUGAUACUUUGUAAUUUAUGACAGUGUAAAUGGAAGAAAAAGCAUUCCAUGUAUUAAAUGCUUCUGUCUAUCA